AUGCGAGAAGACUUCCCCGAUGGUGUGGAGGAGGGUGAGGAGAAGGGUGAUGAGGAGGGUGAGGAGGAGGGUGAGGAUAACGAAGAUGACGAGGAUUAA